AAGCUCCAGUAACAUUGGUGCAUCAUGACGUCAACGCUUGUAAAUGUAGUUUAUUUUUGUGCUUGUUUAUUUUAUUUAAAUUUACUGUUCAUUUGAUCGUUUCUCUAUGUAAAAACUCAAAGUCCCACAAUGCAACGCUGAUUUUUUUUUUUUUUGCGCAGUUUUCGGGGCAGUAUACAUUGUGACCGUGUGAGGGACAUUGGAUGACUUUGUGCCUGUGGUUAGCAGGGUUGCAUUGUAGUUAGUCCAUUUAUUUGACAGGUACAGCCUUUCUUUCCCAGAGCUAUGGAGGCCCUUAUCCCGGUCAUAAACAAAUUACAAGAUGUGUUUAAUACGGUUGGCGCGGACAUUAUCCAACUGCCGCAGAUUGCUGUUGUUGGAACGCAGAGCAGUGGGAAGAGUUCAGUGCUAGAGGCUCUGGUGGGGAGAGACCUUCUGCCCCGUGGUACUGGCGUUGUCACCCGUCGGCCCCUCAUCCUCCAGCUGGUCCAUGUGGACCCAGAGGACCGUAGGAAGACCAGCGAGGAGAAUGACCCCAAUGCUUGGAGAAACAUGCGCCUUUACAAAGGUGUCGACGGAGAGGAAUGGGGCAAAUUUCUACACACCAAAAACAAGAUCUACACAGACUUUGAUGAAAUCCGGCUCGAGAUCGAAGCUGAAACGGAAAGAGUUUCUGGCAAUAACAAGGGAAUCACGGAUGAACCCAUACACCUGAAGAUCUUCUCCCCUCACGUAGUCAACCUCACACUGGUGGAUCUGCCAGGUAUCACAAAGGUGCCGGUGGGAGACCAGCCCAAAGACAUCGAGGUGCAGAUCAAAGACUUGAUCGUGAAGCACAUCUCUAACCCCAACUCCAUCAUCUUGGCUGUGACUGCUGCCAACACAGACAUGGCCACCUCAGAGGCCCUCAAAGUGGCCCGCGAGGUCGACCCUGACGGCAGGAGGACAUUGGCUGUGGUGACCAAACUGGACCUAAUGGAUGCUGGGACAGAUGCCAUGGACGUACUGAUGGGUCGGGUCAUCCCUGUCAAACUGGGCCUCAUAGGAGUGGUCAACAGGAGUCAGCUUGACAUCAACAAUAAGAAGACCGUGGCAGACGCCAUCCGUGAUGAAUAUGCCUUCCUACAGAAGAAGUACCCCUCCCUCGCCAGCAGAAAUGGAACCAAAUACUUAGCCAGAACGUUGAACAGGUUGUUGAUGCAUCACAUUAGAGACUGUCUCCCGGAGCUGAAGACUCGUAUCAAUGUGCUGGCGGCCCAGUACCAGUCCCUGCUGAGUAGCUACGGUGAACCUGUAGAGGACCAGAGCUCUACUCUGCUGCAGCUCAUCACCAAGUUCGCCGCGGAGUACUGCCACACUAUCGAGGGCACCGCUAAGUACAUAGAGACAACAGAACUGUGUGGAGGAGCACGAAUCUGUUAUAUUUUCCAUGAGACCUUUGGUCGGACGCUGGAGUCCGUCGACCCACUGGGAGGUCUGACCACCAUAGACGUGCUAACAGCUAUCAGGAACGCUACAGGCCCGCGGCCAGCCCUCUUUGUGCCUGAGGUGUCAUUUGAGCUGCUGGUGAAGAGACAGGUGAAGAGACUGGAGGAACCCAGCCUGCGCUGUGUGGAGCUGGUUCACGAAGAGAUGCAGAGAAUCAUUCAGCACUGCAGCAACUACAGCACACAGGAGCUGUUGAGAUUUCCUAAGCUCCAUGAUGCCAUAGUAGAAGUGGUCACAUCCCUCCUCAGGAAAAGGUUACCAGUCACCAAUGAGAUGGUUCAUAACCUGGUGGCCAUCGAGUUGGCCUAUAUUAACACCAAACACCCUGACUUUGCUGAUGCCUGUGGCCUCAUGAACAACAACAUAGAGGAACAGAGACGUAACAGAAUGAGAGAGCUACCCUCGUCUGUGCCUCGGGAUAAGACUGCAGGUGGUGGUUCCCAGGGAGACCAGGAGGUAGGGACAGGGAACUGGAGGGGCAUGUUGAAGAAGGGAGAGGAGGGGGUCGGCGGGGACAAGUCCAUGCUCCAGACCUCUAACCCUGGCAGCCCUCAGAGGGGCCACGCCGUCAACCUGCUGGAUGUGCCUGUUCCCGUUUCCAGGAAGCUGUCGGCCAGAGAGCAGAGGGACUGUGAGGUCAUCGAGAGGCUUAUCAAGUCCUAUUUCCUCAUCGUCAGGAAAAACAUCCAGGACAGCGUGCCCAAGGCGGUGAUGCACUUCCUGGUGAACCAUGUAAAGGACAGUCUGCAGAGUGAGCUGGUGGGGCAGCUGUAUAAGGCUGGUCUGCUGGAUGACCUGCUCACUGAGUCGGAAGACAUGGCCCAGAGACGCAACGAAGCUGCAGACAUGCUCAAGGCCUUGCAGAAAGCCAGUCAGGUGAUCGCUGAGAUCAGAGAAACACAGAUGUGGUGAGGGCCUCUACCUCCAUCCUCUCUCCCUCCCAUAUGGACCAUAAAGCACUGAACCCUGUUCUGUCUCAAACAUACCUGGACUGCAGAGACGGCCAACUUGGAAAUACACUGGUGUUUAUUGAGUAUCAUCAAUUCUCCAUCCUCUUGAAGUUGUCACUUCCACACUCCCCUGUCAUGGUUUUAAAAGCAAUGGAUUGGUGUAGGCCUUGGCUGAAGGGAGUUUCAACCAAACUCAUGACUGGCAGUGUAAUACCACACACUUCUGGUAAUGAGUGGAGAAUGGGGACGCACAUUUGAAAAUAGUUGUAGAUUGUAUUAUAUGGACUUAUUAACAGUAUCAGUCUUCACCUGCACCACAUCGCACACCAAAAUGACCUUUCAUAUGUAAGUAUAGUAUUAUAUUGAUGAACGUGUGAGGUCUACCUACUGAAUAAUGUGGAGUUACAUUAAAGAUGUUUCCUCUAGUUUCUGGCUUGCUGGUAUGUAUGUAUGUAUGUAUGUAUGUAUGUAUGCAUGCAUGUAUGCUGAGACUUGUAAAUAUUGUCUAUGCUACUGCUGAAAAUGUCCUUACAUGGUAACAAUCUCUCAUUUGUGUCGCUGAUAUUUACAAAGAGCCGAGAAAUGCCACUCGGACGUAGAAUACGUGUUAUUUGUUGGUUGAAAAAGCACCAUAAUGCUGCUGCGAACCGUACACCUCCAUGUUCUCUGUGAUUUCAACGUCUCUUCACCAUCUUGUGCGUGUUAUUUUGACUCAACCGUACUUCUGUCGCUAAAUGUGUUUUAAGAUAUCUAGUGUAUUGAUGAGGUCAUUUGUCCUACUAUAUUGAUUAUGGGAUAAUGAUAAUUUGUUGUCAUACCCACAAUACCAUGUGGUAAACUAUUGGUAGCAAAGGCAGGGCUGAAUUGUGUGGCAACGUCUAACUUGAAGUGGCAGGUUUAUUCUGUAUAUUCUCAAAAAGUGGUACCAGGGUUGAAUGAGCCAUUUUAUUGACUUGUGAUCCAGUCUGCUGUUAUACCAGACGGAACAAUGAACAUCAGGUAUACAGACACAUUAUCAUCAUGGGCCGAUCUCCAGUCAUGGCUGUCUGCCCUCGACCAUGGCGGCUGCUCCUUUACCUCACACGGCCCAUCUUCUUGCCUCGACCUUUGGCGCUGAGGGGUCAGGACAGGGUUAAGAAAUCUCAAUCACUUGGCAGCCAGGUCGUAAGCCCAGUAGUGAACGUCCCUGUUGCAGCACUUCACUGCACUCUGAGUCUAACGCUACACCCAGAAGUGUGCACUUGUUCUCAGUCCCUCUCAUGCAAGGGGGAGUCAGAGACUGGUGGAAAAAGUGGUCCACUUCUGGGUCAAGGGUGAAUAUGUUUAAUGGUUUGUCGGUCCAUCAGUUACACAGGAUUUUACUUCUUUUGGCUUGAUGUUUAUCAUUAAAUAGUUUGAAUGUGCCGUAAUUUCAGACCAGACCAUGUUGGCAAUUUACAUCGUCACCACUUACAAUGUCUUCAAUCUAUCGUGCAGUGAUCAUGCUAUACGCAAUGCACACACACACAGAUGGACAUAGGCUGUGUAAGUGAUGGUCAUGGCUGUUUCUUUGGUUUCAAUCAAUGUUUGUUCCACUGGUCAUUAAAUGACCAUCCCUGCUUGAGAGUUUGAAAGGAAUGAUGGGAAAUGGAGUUGUUGAUGGAAUGGCAACCAGUGACUCAGACCAAUUAAAAUGAAAACCACAAUGCUGGGUCUUGUUCAUUAGGCACAACAUGGAAGAAACUGUUCUAAACUGUACUCUGUACUCGCCCAAUAAGAGAUGCUUGUCUGUUUAUUAGUCUCCGUAUUUUCUUUUCAUUUUGUACCCUAAUAAACACGACUCAGAAUU